AGCCCAAAAACAGGGGAGGGGAGGAAUGGAGCAUGAUCCUCGACUGAAAAAAAAAAAAAAAAACUUGUGGCUGCAGCAAACCUGCCUUAUCCAGUACUCCAAUUGUGGUCGUCCUUAACUCGCCACCAGUGCUGAUUUCCUUCACCAAUUUUCUUCAAAAAUUUCCUCCAUCUGCUUAAUAUCUUCACCCUUACAGCUUGAAGCUUUCUAAUCUCAUCAUUUCCCUCUUCGAAUGGCUUCCUCCACUCUUUCCCCUGCCACACACUCCCAGCUCUGCUCGAGCAAAAGCGGCAUUUUUGCUCCAGCAAAUGCUGCCUUGGUGAAGCCGGCGAGAACCCAUGUGGCUGGUGGAAGGGACAGAGUGAUGAAGGUCUCGUGCCAGGCCACUAGCAUCCCAGCCGAUCGUGUUCCUGACAUGGGUAAAAGGGAGCUGAUGAAUUUGCUUCUGUUGGGAGCUAUCUCUCUCCCCACUGCUGGGAUGCUGGUUCCGUAUGCUUCUUUCUUCGUCCCCACCGGAACUGGAGGUGCUGGUGGUGGUACAGUGGCUAAGGAUGCCGUUGGAAAUGAUGUCAUUGCUGAAGAAUGGCUCAAGACUCAUGGCCCUGGAGACCGAACCCUUACUCAAGGAUUGAAGGGAGAUCCUACUUACCUUGUGGUGGAGAAAGACAGAACACUUGCAACAUAUGGUAUCAAUGCCGUUUGCACGCAUCUUGGUUGUGUUGUGCCAUUUAAUGCUGCUGAGAACAAGUUUAUCUGCCCCUGCCAUGGAUCUCAGUACAAUGACCAAGGCAGAGUGGUUAGAGGACCGGCUCCUUUGUCGUUGGCGUUGGCUCAUGCCGAUGUAGAUGAUGGCAAGGUGGUGUUUGUUCCAUGGGUAGAAACCGAUUUCAGAACCGGAGAUGCUCCAUGGUGGUCUUAGGAGCUUUCUUCUCAUACGAAACCUCCUUAUGGUUCAAAUGCAAAGAUGUAGUGAUAUGACAGUUGGUAAAUUUGUUUGUCUGUGCUUCAUGAAAGAGCAAAACCAUGAACUUGAGAGCUCAGUUUGUAUGAAUACAAGCUAUCUCCAUACACGUGCGCCGUUACUUGUAUCUCAUCUGUGUAUUUAGAGAAACUUUCCGUCCCUCUUGCAUGUUAAAAUCUUUCCUGGACUAGCGAAGAAGAGUGGAUCAUUUGGAAAAGCAGAAAGCGAGAUUGGCAUUCAUAACCGCAAGCCUCGAGUUUAUAGAGGUGGCAUGAGCCCUCGGAAAAUAUAGGAUGAGAUACAAU